UGAAUUUUGCAAAUUACACUGGACUCGACACAUGUUUUUGUUCGAUUUUGGUCCAUUUUCUUUAAAGACUUUGCUGUUCUUAAUUAUUAAAAGUAGCCCUUAUAUUUUAAACUAAUUUCUGAUUUGAUAUAAAUGUUAAAAUGACUCGAUUUGCGCGUGCUUCUGAUGGAAACAGGAAAAGACCACUGGAUGCGUCGGAGUGGAAUGAGCUAAAGAAGGACGACAAAAAAAGCAAGAAAGAAAAGAUAAAAACAAAAAAGUUACAGAAAAGUCCAAAGAAAAACAAAAGUGGCAAAGCUGUUAAACAGAAAGUUGAACAGACUGAGGAUGUGGCGCAUCAUAGUAAGGUUUCUGGUGAACAAAGUGAUAAACCAACAAGUUUGGAGUCGCGUCUGAGAAAUCUUUCACAAAAGAAAACGACAGAGUUACAGUUACAAGAGGCUUACAAGAAAGUCAAAAGAAGCGAAGAUAGAAGGGUGAAAAGAAUUCAGAAGAAACAAGAUGAAUUGGUAUGCUACAAUUGUCGAGGAUCAGGUCACCUAAUGUCUGAUUGUCCAGAGGCGAAAAGGGACAUUGAGCAAGGAACUGGUAUAUGUUUCAAGUGUGGAUCAACAGAACACUCAGCGUCCAGAUGUUCUGUGAAGUUACCACCAGGUAAAUUCCCCUAUGCCAAAUGUUUCAUUUGUGGAGAAACUGGUCAUCUUUCAAAGCAAUGUCCUGAUAAUCCAAAAGGACUUUAUCCUAUGGGGGGAUGUUGCAAGAUCUGUGAAUCUGUUGAACAUUAUCAAAGAGACUGUCCAGAGCUCCAAAGUCAACAAGGAGUGAAAAGCUAUUGCUUACCAACUAUGACUGCCCAUUCUAGUGUAGAUGCUGAGGUUGAUUUUGAGGAAGCAAAGCUAAAGCCUGUUGUUAAAAAGAAACAAGGACCCAAAACUGUUGUAUUCUAAUAAACUGUGCAAGAAA